AGGAGGACGUGCGGUACCGUCCGCAGCGCCGGCCACCGGCUGGCGUGGGUGCCGGUCCCGCUCCCUCACGCGUCCCGCCCGCGCCCCUCCGAGACCCCGAGCCGCCUCUGUGUCAUGCACCACCUCGUUGGCCCCGGUCCGUCCCCGCGCUCCUGCCUCCUGCGCCCUCCGGGACCGGGACCGCAGAGUUCCAAGAAGCGAGUGGUGUUCGCGGACUCCAGGGGACUCUCGCUGACGUCCGUGCACAAGUUCGAGGACCCCGCGGCGCCCCGGGGACGCGCGCCGGGUCGCGGCUGGGGCGCCUCGUCCGCCUGCCUGCGGCUCCUGCCCAGGGCCGCCCUGUGCGUGCGCGCCCGCUCCUCGUCGCCCUCAGGGUGACCGCGUGGCCCCGGAUCUGCUGCUCUACUGGGUGCUCAGCCGCUUUCCCGUGACAGUCACUAAGGUCGAAACCACCGCUGGACGUCGGGCUCUCAGCGCUGCUCAUCAAGGCGCUCAUCAACUCUCCGAAGCCUGAGGUUGUUGCCCGGGACGCGCGUGUUCCCCCUCCCAGCACCGUCCGAACCGCCUGCCCCUGCACUGCGUGUGGGACACAGGAUGGACCCGAGACCCCGCCUGCGGGAGAACCGCACUGCCCUUCACUCUGCGGGGCAAGACACGCUGGAGCAGAUCAGGGAAACAGAAACCAUCUCUGGCAGCAUGUAAACAACUUUUUGCCAAGAACCCAGGUUACCACUGAGAAGAGGGCCUUAAGGGAGAAGAAUAUCAGGAGGAUACCAAUGCCAGGCACGUCUGGAAUUAUGCUCACUGCAAGCAGCAUGCAGCACUCCGGGCCAGCCUCUGUGUCCUGCUGGCGAAAGCUGGGGCUCUCCAGGUAGGAGGGUCCUGGUACAGCAGCACCAGGAGCCUCUCGGUGAAGAAUGGGGCCAGAUACGAACUCUACAGUGAGCAUAGUUUUCAGCUUAUGAAGGAAUUUUAAGAGAACAACUAUUUAAUUUCCACAUAAUCACAUUCAGAAGCCUUCUGCGUGAUUGCCGGCAGUCACCCCCUCUACAGAGUCAUCAGGAUUUUUCUGGCACCAAAGUCAACUCUUCUCGGUACUUGUGGCAAUACAGAUCUGCUGGGCAGACUCAUUUGCUGAACGUUCAGAGGCAGGAAAAGAGUAAAACCUCUGGAAGCAGCAUCAGGGUAGCAGAACAGAAAUACCCUCCUGCGCCUCCGACUUGCACAGAAACUUGGCCUGGGCUUGGAUCCUGUUAACUGAAGACUUCUACAGUGUUCGCUGCAAAGUCCAUCUGUCCUGGGGAGAUCUGGCAUUUUGAGACUGCCUCUCUUGGCCCUUUUCUACUGUCGUUCUACCCCCAUGCCUUCUAUGCAAGCAGUUGAUUGAUGUGAACUUAAGGAUGGAGUUUGGUACCCUUGGGGAACUGACUUCCUUUCCUCGGCUUGUGCUGUUGGAAAGGGCCACCUGAAGGCUGUGUUUGUGUGUGGGAAGGAAGGCAUUGCCUGGCUGGGAUCCUCCACCAUGUUCCUGUUGCUGCCUUUUGAUAGCCUGAUUGUCAACCUUCUGGGUAUCUCCCUGACCGUCCUCUUCACUCUCCUGCUUGUUUUCAUUAUAGUCCCUGCCAUUUUUGGAGUCUCCUUUGGUAUUCGAAAGCUCUACAUGAAAACAUUGUUAAAAAUCUUUGCGUGGGCUACCUUGAGAAUGGAAAGAGGAGCCAAGGAGAAGAACCACCAGCUUUACAAGCCUUACACCAAUGGAAUCAUUGCAAAAGAUCCCACUUCACUAGAAGAAGAGAUCAAAGAAAUUCGUCGAAGUGGUAGCAGUAAGGUUCUGGAUAAUACUCCAGAGUUUGAGCUUUCUGACAUUUUCUACUUUUGCCGGAAAGGAAUGGAGACCAUUAUGGAUGAUGAGGUGACAAAGAGAUUCUCAGCAGAAGAACUGGAAUCCUGGAACCUGCUGAGCAGAACCAAUUACAACUUCCAGUACAUCAGUCUUCGGCUAACUGUCUUGUGGGGAUUAGGAGUACUGAUUCGAUACUGCUUCCUUCUCCCACUCAGGAUAGCUCUGGCGUUCACAGGGAUUAGCCUUCUGGUGGUAGGCACGACCUUGGUGGGAUACUUGCCAAAUGGGAGGUUUAAGGAGUUCUUGAGUAAACAUGUUCACCUGAUGUGUUACCGCAUCUGCGUGCGAGCCCUGACUGCCAUCAUUACCUACCACGACAGGAAAAACAGACCAAGAAAUGGCGGCCUCUGUGUGGCUAACCAUACAUCUCCUAUUGACGUUAUAAUUUUAGCCAGUGACGGCUAUUACGCCAUGGUGGGUCAAGUGCACGGAGGACUCAUGGGUGUGAUUCAGAGAGCCAUGGUGAAGGCCUGCCCCCAUGUCUGGUUUGAGCGGUCCGAAGUGAAAGACCGCCACCUGGUGGCUAAGAGACUGACUGAACACGUCCAGGAUAAAAGCAAGCUGCCUAUCCUCAUCUUUCCAGAAGGUACCUGCAUCAAUAACACGUCAGUGAUGAUGUUUAAAAAGGGAAGUUUUGAAAUUGGAGCCACAGUUUACCCGGUUGCUAUCAAGUACGACCCUCAGUUCGGCGAUGCCUUCUGGAACAGCAGCAAGUAUGGGAUGGUGACAUACCUGCUGAGGAUGAUGACCAGCUGGGCCAUCGUCUGCAGUGUCUGGUACCUGCCUCCCAUGACCAGAGAGAAAGAUGAAGAUGCCGUGCAGUUUGCCAACAGGGUGAAAUCUGCCAUUGCUAGGCAGGGAGGGCUGGUGGACCUGCUGUGGGAUGGCGGACUGAAGAGGGAGAAGGUAAAGGACACAUUUAAGGAGGAGCAGCAGAAGCUGUACAGCAAGAUGAUUGUGGGGAACCAUGAGGACCGGAGCCGCUCCUGAGCCCAAGGGCACGCUGGUGGGAACCACCUGCCCAAAUCCUGGCAUUUGAGCCAGCUGGAGCUGUUGCCUCUGCUGCCACCACUACUCCUGCUCCCACCUCCUUCCAGACUCAGGCCCCGGGCUGUUCUGGAUCCUAGGACCCUGGCCUUAGAGCUGCAUGGGUCCCUGUGCUCGGGCCAGCUCGGCCUGUCCUCGCUGUCUGUAGCGAGUACUACUGGGUGUUGCUGCCCGGGACGAGAUGCCUUCUUGUUCCUUUUAUAGUACGUCCUUUGGAGGAAUGCCAUUAAAGUCUGCUCUCCACCUGAGCAUGUCGUGUGGAGCUGAGCAGUGUGAGGUUAAGCACACUCCCUCUUAGGACGCCCCAGUCCUGGGCCUGUGUGGGGAAAGCUACCCCUCUCUGGGAGUGGCACUGCCCAGGGUCUGGCCCCGCCUUGGAGCUCCGACUUGAUGAGAACUGCUGCAGUCCGUGGGGUGUUCAGCAAAAGAAGUUUGAAGUUCUUGUGUUACUCCUUGUUUGGAAGUCAGCAGGCAUGAUAGGAGAGGCCAGUAGGCCACCAGCUGGUCUGUGGUGAAAGCCAGGAAUUAUUUUGUGUUCAGACUCCAGGCUAAGCCCGAAUUCCCUGUGUGACUUGCUCUUUGUUUAACUGUGCCUCAGUUUCCCCAUCUGUAACACGAAUCAGGCGGGGGAAGGUGGUGACUCCUACCUCACAGGGUUGUUGUGGGGACUCAGGUGCUGCGUGAGUGAAGGACAUGUCAUGUGCAGUGUCACAGGUCCAGGUCCAGGGAAGGUGCAGGACAAGGCCUGAGCUCAGCUGCUGCACAGGGCUCUGGACUUGUGGUUGUGAGUAAUAAAACAUGGCCGUAGUCCUGAGCAUGUGUUUCUUCUACUUGGCUUCUGCACUGAGCCUCGUGUCACUCAGGAGCUAGGCUUCUCCCACCAGACAUCUGCACGUCUCUGACAUAGACAGGUAUGUCUACAGACUGGAGGCGAGUGAGGUCCUGAGUCCUGGAGGUGGGGUGGGGAAGGUGUGGGGCAGUGGGAUCUCUGACUGGGUCCAGGAGGCAGGGGAGUAGUGGGAUCCGGGAGAGGGUUGGCACGGGAGGCCCAAGAGGUGGGUAUGAGCACACAGGGUCUCCCCACAGCCAAAAGGUAAGCUGCCGGCUUCAUGGGCACCUCAGAAUGAAGGCAGAUCCAAACUGAGACAGCUCUUAUGGAUCCUUGCUUUGGGGUCCACUGAUUUCUGAUCCUCAUCGGAGUUUCCUCAGCCUAGUUUAUCCUGUCUUUCCCUCCUUGGGGGCAGGCACGAUACCCUUCAGGACUCCCUCCUGCCAUGGGGAGUGUCACAUCUCCCAGCUGCCCCCUGGCGUGAGGUGAGGGAUGUGCUGGGAGUGAGGCCCAGCCUGAAGCUGCAGAUCCACAUCACCAUCAUGCUUGAGGACCUGUCCUGUCUGAACCUGGUGUCACUUGCCCGCACUGCCUACUGCCUGCCACCUCUUCACACAGCCACCCAUUUCCUCUUACCUGCCCCUUUGCUAGCCAGUGGAAAACUUCUCACAAAAACACUCAUGACUGUAAGAGCAGCCUCUUCUGAACUGUUUUGUGGAAUGUUGAAGAAUAAAAAGCAGUUUUCAGCUCUUGUAGGAGGUGAUGUUUGUAGUGUUUCAUUGCUAACUGGAAUGAUCUUUCAAAAUUGGUCUUAAAGGUCUAAAGAAGUUCUAAAACUUCUAUGCAUGAUCUGUUGUAUUUCAUUGUUUGCAUAGAUUGUUUUUGUUUUUAUGUGUCUCACAUUCUGCACACCCAUUCCUAAUUCAGGCUCAUCCUACUGCUUCAUCCUUUUCAACUGGGAUCUUGAAGGCCCCAAAUUGCCUAUAAGUCAGAAUAUUUGGUUUGGGAGUACUGAGUUGCUAAAACCUCACAAUGCUUUGAAAUAAAGCAAUGUGAGGUACAAGCUGUGCUCACACUUGUUUUCCAGCUGGAACAAGGAUGAGCUUUGAGUAAAACCAAGAGAUGAUCAUUGGUGGAGUGAGCACUGUCCCUUUGCUGUGUUGUUCUCUGUGUUUGUGACCUGAUUCAUAACUAGCCAUGUAGGUUAGGUGGCCUCAGACCUUCACACCUCUGACAAUUCCUAAUUCUUAGAAGUCACUUUUGAAUCCAUUUGUUCCCCCUGAAAAAUUAGACUAGUGGAACUAGACCACCAGAAGGUGCCCACUGUGUAGAUGGGAGUCCCCCACCUAUACCCUUAUGGGUGAGUGGGGCCAGGGCCAUUAUUUUGGGCUGGGUGGUUUGGAGAGGUUUUUUCACUCAAACAUGAAACUUUUCCCCCAGCUAGUGAGAGCAAGAAUAUUCUCAUAAGGCUGACAGUGGAAGCUCCAUGGAAGGCUGUCAGCGGUGAUGAAGCCAUUUGAGGUGACAUCCUCGUGACAGAACCAAGUGGAACUGGAUUCUUCUCUAAUCAACCCCACUUAGUUGCUCCCUUUUAGAGACCUAGCAGCGGUGGGCAUGAGGGCUGGUGGCCAGUGAGGAGGGUCUUCCAGCACUACUGUAUUUCCCAGUGAACUUUUGCCCUGUGCUGUCUGGUUCUGUAAACCCUGCUGUUUCCAUCCUAGAAUCUCUGCCUGCUGAACACUGUGAGUGGCCAGACUGGAUUGCUCCAGGGACACGGUGCUGUGGCCUCCGAAUCCGGUGGGCAGGGCCACUGCGCGCCAUCUGGGCAGGGCAGGAGCUAACCGUGUGGCCAUCCAUCGUCCACUGUACUCAACCCUGCUCCCCCAGUCAAUACGUCUCUCUCCGAUGGGAAAGUUAAUAAAUUUUGCUCUAGAUUAAAAGUAUUGAUCAUUUCAUUUGUAAACGAUAAAUAAAAAGGGGGAACUUUUCAUUGCACGGGGGUGGUGUCUGGUGUAUCUUGCCACAAGUUCUGCUGGCUGCUGGGGGGUGGGCUUCUCAUAUGCAUUCCGGCUGGCCAGCUGCAUUGAUUUCCUAUUACUCUCCCAGCACCACCCAGCAACACAUUUCAGUACCUGCUAUUAAUGGUCUUUUGAUAAAUAAUCACUUGUAAGUCAAUAAAUUUUUAUUAAACAGUG